AGUUAGUCCACGUGCUUCAAGCACCACUAUGACACGCCUAUUCUAGUCCCCCUUCCUGCUCCUCCCAUCUCCUCUCGACUGCAACAAUGUCGUCCAAGGAUGGUGCCACCAAGAGUUUCCAUAAUUACAAGGCAAUGCUAGACCAAUAUCCUACAGAGGUGCUUGUCUUCUCAGCAUUUGCCGUUGGCGCAGUAACGACGUUUGGUGGUCGACGAAUUUAUACGCGAUAUUUCCGGCGAAUUCAGAAUAGUGAUUGGGUCACUCCUGAUAUGAUCGCAAGGAAACGCUGGGUGAAAGGCGUUGUGACCAGUGUAGGGGAUUCUGAUAAUUUUCGUCUUUAUCAUACUCCUGCCUUUGGAUGGAGGUGGCCUAUCAAAUUCAGGCGCGUGCCAACCAAUGCGAAAGACUUGAAAGACAAGACACUUCACAUACGAAUUGGCGGUGUCGAUGCACCCGAGGGGGCACACUUUGGCCGGCCAGCGCAGCCGUACGCUGAGGAGAGCUUGGCCUUCUUGAAAGAGAAGAUAUUUGGAAAGACCGUGUACUGUCAGUUGUUGAGGCGUGAUCAGUAUGCCCGCAUAGUAUCCACUGUCCUUCUACCGCCAAGAAUAUUACCAGGCUCUCUUUUCUAUGGAAAGAGCCUAUCAUUGGAGAUGUUAAAGGAAGGUUGGGUGACAACAUAUUUGCAGUCAGGAGCAGAGUAUGGUAAAUGGGGCAAGGAAGAAUUCAUCAGAGUAGAGAACGAAGCCAAAGCAGCUCGUAGAGGAAUGUGGAAGGAAGGCGUGAAAGGAGAGACUCCCGCUGAAUAUAAACGUCGAUAUGCCGACCUUGAAGCCGCCAAGGCCUCCAAGACGACAUCUUCAUCUUCUUCUCCGAAGAAGACACGAAGAGUCAAGUCAUGGCUUGGUCGACUCUUGUCUAGAUAAUGCUGUAAUGAUACUGUAUCACUUUUAAUGAUAUUUCAUAUCUUUCGA